CUAAUAUUCUCCAACCUCACAAUUACUCUUAAUUCUGAAGGGCCGGCACAUUGUUCAAGUCGCACAGCAGGUCAAGCUUGCCCUGUCGCCCCAAAUGGCGAAGACAAGCGACGAACGCAGCAGCUUUAUGCAUGUACCGCUCGAGCUGCGGAAUGAAAUCUACGGGUACCUAAUGGUCGAUCUUCCUCCCGCCCUCCAGGUCCCGCCGCACCUCAACGAAUCUGCCCUGCACUUUCUGUCACGCCGCCUCCCCCACUGCCUUCUCCUCAACCACCAAGUCUUGGAAGAAGCAACCAUAGCGUAUUUGGGUCGCACACUGCUUAUCAUCAGUGGCACCGGAUUCGCUAGCCUCGAUGUUCUAUUAUCGCGAUUUCCGAAUGAUAUCGCAUACAACAGCGUUCACCGACUCGACUUCGCCUACCCACCGGACCGCUACGCCCAAUCGUGCGAAUCCAAGCCUCCACUUGCGCCUGCUAAUUGUGUAUAUGAUUUUGUCUCACGUUGUCCUGGCCUUCGUCACCUCACUAUGGCAGUCUUAGGAAACAUGCUGGUUACUGCCGGCAUGGGAAAUCAGGUAGGACGAGUAAGAACAAUGAAGGAAGUAGAGGAAAGGAUGGGGUUUACGCGGGUGUUCGAACACAAGAGCUUGCAGACGCUUCAAUUGGUUUGUAACGAUGGAGUCGAGUAUGCCCGCAAGGAAGUAGAUCUGUCAAGUCUCUUCCAGUCAUUUGCAAAGUGGUUUGUGGAAGAAAGCAGCAAGAGAGGACGUAAAAUAUCGUUCCAUGUUAAGAUCUGUCCUUCAAAUAAAUACAAUCACAGGAAUCCAGAGCUGGGGUGGUACACGGCUGGUCAUGUAACAUCAUAUUACUAUCAGGACUUCUUUGGCAUUGAAAGCUUCAGACUCCGUCCUAGUGGAACCGGUCGACAAGCAUAUUCAGCCGAUUUCGCUGGUGAGCACAUCGCCGAAAUAAAGGGAAGGUGUACAACGUCGAGUUGA